GUUGGGCAGGAGAUAGAGGUUCGUCCAGGUAUCGUAUCCAAAGAUAAUGAAGGCAAGCUCCAGUGUCGUCCUAUUUUCUCUCGUAUUGUAUCGCUGUUUGCCGAACAAAAUGAUCUUCAUUAUGCAGCUCCAGGAGGYCUGAUUGGUGUGGGAACCAAGAUUGAUCCUACCCUUUGCAGAGCUGAUAGGAUGGUUGGACAAGUGCUUGGAGCUGUUGGGGCUUUGCCUGAGAUCUACACUGAGCUUGAGAUCAGUUACUUCCUGUUAAGGAGACUGCUGGGCGUGAGAACUGAGGGAGAUAAGAAGGGUGCUAAGGUAACAAAACUGACCAAGAAUGAAGUAUUGACGGUCAACAUAGGGUCACUAUCUACUGGUGGUCGUGUUCUUGCUGUUAAAGCAGAUUUAGCCAAGAUUAUCCUAACUCAGCCUGUCUGCACAGAAAUUGGAGAAAAGAUUGCAUUGAGUAGACGAGUGGAAAAACAUUGGAGGUUGAUUGGAUGGGGACAAAUUCGACGUGGAGUGACAAUCAAACCAGAAUCUUAAUCUUAACCUUAUCACAGAGAUGCAUUUACGCCAUGAUAUAAACGAACAAAACCGAUGCUGGUCCAUAAUGCACUGCGAAAAAAAAAAGACAAUUGAAAGAAUUUCUAGAAUCUGUUGUACAAUAUUUUCUCGUGCACGCUUCCGCUCGUUACCUAUUAGCCAUUCUGAGGUUGAGAAAAUAGCUGGGUCGAGUUGGAAUUGCAGUGCAGUGUGGGGUUGUUUUAGGGGACGAAGUAGACGCCGCCUUGGAAAUGUCACCUUAAUGCCCCAUAAUCCUUUGCAAUGCCAACUCGACGCAUUUUUUUUCGACCGGAAUGGAUAAUAUCAUACGUCAAAAAAAUCUGUCAACUGUAUGGAAUCAGUGUCGAUUCUGCCCAUGCAUUUAGUCCACCAGGAAUAGUGACGUCAUUUUCAAUACCUUUACCAUUAAAAGCCAAGUCUAAAUAUCUCACAAUCCCCAGGGCCCAGUUGUACGAAGCCUGGAUAACGCUAUCCGGCGGAUAAAUCCUUAUCCAGUAGAUAAGUUGAUGCUGUUAUCCAAUAAAUUUAGCUACUGGAUAAGAUUUAUCCGUCGGAUAGCGCCGGUAUUCAGGCUUCGUACAACAGGGCCCAGGUGAUACAGUAAUGAUGGAUGAUAGACUUGAAGAUUUUCAUUAGAAAGACAAUAAUCUCUGAUUCUCUCUUGAGAAACACCUGCCAGCUUUUGGUGUGUGAGUAUCUGGGUAUAGACCAACUCGGCUAACAAAUUGUUUUAACCAAUUCAAAUCUACUGGGAAUAAUUUUCUUGGUAUACUAUAUUUGCAUAUCAUAUCCAUAUCAGUGCCUCAAUGACAUGGGAAUAUAAUGGACAAAGAUUUGAAUUGGGUAAAACAUGCCGAACCCGAAAUGCUCUAUUCACGAUGUGAAUCCAAUCAGCGAAAGGUCACAAUGAUAUGAAAUGUUCCUAAACUUUGUCUGCACGUUUUUCUGGCAUAAUACAGUAUCAUCUGUGAUGACAUUAUUUGCAUAUGAAUAUAAUGCAUUUCAAGCUUAGGCCCCGUCCACACGUACCCGGAAAUUUUUGUAUCCCUAUCCGGAAAUUUUCGAAAACGGUCUCUAGAGUGGACAUUUUCGAAUACGCUCCGAAUACGGAUACGUGUUGACGGUCAUAUCGGCCAAUUUUUUGAAUACAAUGACGUCAACGCGAUUUUGCGCAUGAUCAAUAAGAAAAACUAUCCGUCAAGGGACUAGGCAUUAGCGUACAUCAGGGCGGAUCAUGAAAUUUCUGGAUACGUAUGGACAGUGAAAACGAUUCGAACACGCUGCAUGUGGUUGCAAACAUUUUCGUAUCCGGAAAAACAAAAAAAAAAAUUGCGGACGGGGCCUUAGUAAGCAAACUGCAUGAUGGAACAAAACCUUCACUAAGUAAACCCUUUUUGAAAGAGCUGUAUAAGAUUUAACGCUAGUAUCGUGUAGAAGAAAACUAAACAUAUUAAAUGGAUACUGGUCAACAAA